AUGGCGGAGGCUCGUCUCACCGCAUCACGUGGAGGCAAUCGUGCCGCUGCGACUCGUUUAAUCAACAGGAUUAAUACUAUCGUUGCAGAUGUUGCCAUAACGAGAGCCCAAAAGAUCCACGAACUUCAAGACAAAAUUGAAAGUCUUGAAGAAAAGAUAGCAACCAUAGCAAACAUCGACAACGCCAUUCAAGAUGAAUUAGAUCCUGAAGAUGUUCAAGCAGAGAUUGAAGCAGCCGAUACGAAUAAUCAAACUUAUCGUGACGCUAGAGCCGGCUUUACAUUUCAACUGAAAACGCUGCAAGAUGAAGAAGCUGCAGCUAACGCAAUUCUCGCUCUCGCUACAGCUCCAGUCGUUCCCGCCGCCGCUGCUGCUACACCUGGUCCUUCUGCCAGUAUGCUCCCGAAACUUGAUUUGCCCUCAUUCAAAGGCGACAUUCUUCAAUGGUCCAGCUUUUGGGACGUUUUUGAAUCCGAAGUCGAUUCCAAAAGCUAUGGCGGCGCUACAAAAUUCAACUUUCUCAUCUCUAAACUCGAAGGAGAAGCAAAGGCCUCUCUUCUUGGUCUCACCUCUUCGAAUGAAAACUACACCAAGGCUAAGGAUAUCCUUCGAUUACGCUACAGCCAACCCAGGAAGGUGAUCACCGCUCACUACAAGGCGCUAAUCAACCUCCCAGUCGCGAAUGCUACUCGUUCAAGUCUACGUGCGUUCGCCGAUCAACUUGAAUCCCACAUCCGUGGUCUCGAAGCCCUUGGAACGGCCCCUGCCUUCUACGGGGAUCUUCUCGUCUGUUUCUUAAUUGAUUAA